AAAACUGGCUUUCUCCUUCCUGUUUAAGAUAAACUAUUUCAGCUUUUGUUUUGGCUGGACUUUGAGCCCGUGAAUUAAAAAUAAAAUAGAAGAGGAAGUACAGAAAAAGGGAGGUAGGGAAGAAUUGAGGGUGCUUAGUUACUUGAGACUGUGGAAUACGGCAAGCACACGUAUGUCAAGAGAACAGUUUUGAAAGGAACUGGUGGUAAGUCAGGAAGCAGUCACUGCAGCCUGUCUAUUCCCCAUGUUGCAAGAGUGGUAGCUGUAAGCUUGUGCAUUUUCCAGUUAAAGUUAAAAGUGAUCUCUGAUAGUCAUGUUGGAUUGCUACAAUUACAUUUGUUAAGUCCUAACAUACUAAUUGUGCCUUACUGAGUAUCUUCAGCUGAGAUCUGCUGUGUCUGUCUGCAAUAGUAGCUGGGUACACGCAGCUGUAAUAUAUGAUACUAUACCUUGAAGUGCCUCUUUCUAAUGUAUAAUUGUGAAAUACUGAAGACUGCUUUUCUCCCCCUCACCUUCCUCUUCUGUCCACUAGAUUCAGCAACAAUGGCAUUUGUGAAGAGUGGAUGGCUGCUCCGGCAAAGUACUAUUUUGCGGCGUUGGAAGAAGAACUGGUUUGACCUGUGGUCUGAUGGCCGCUUAAUAUUCUAUGAUGAUCAAAAUCGCCAUGAUAUAGAAGAUAAAAUCCACAUGCGAAUUCACUGCAUCAACCUCAGAGUGGGGAAUGAAUGUCGAGAUUUCCAGCCUCCAGAGGGGAAGCAGAGAGACUGUUUACUGCAGAUUGUUUGCCGUGAUGGGAAGACAGUCAACCUCUGUGCAGAGAGUGCAGAUGACUGCCUGGCAUGGAAAAUUGCUCUCCAGGAUGCCAGGACAAACGCAGGCUACGUGGGAUCUGAUGUGAUAUAUGAUGAGACAGCCAUUUCCUCAGCCCCUCCUCCCUAUACAGCUUAUGCCACACCAUCACCUGAGGUUUAUGGCUAUGGCUACGAUCAGUACAAUGGUGCGUAUCCACCCCCUGGUCCUCAAGUCUUCUAUGCCUCCAAUGGACAAGCUUAUGCUGUUCCCUACCAGUAUCCAUACCAAGGACCUUAUGGCCAGCCCCCUGCAAACCAUGUCAUCAUUCGAGAGCGUUACCGUGACAGCGAUGGAGAUCUUGCACUGGGCAUGCUUGCUGGAGCAGCGACUGGAAUGGCUCUGGGAUCAUUAUUCUGGGUCUUCUAGAUUACCCGUUCCUUAUCUUUGUAGUUCCAAAACCCUUUCUUGUGUGCAAUAAUAUAUUGGCAAUGUUGUUUACUGUUAAACUUUAAGAAAUGCAAUAGUUAUUUUUCAGUAGUGACAUCUUAAUAACUGAUUCUUAACUGUCUUAAGGAGAGUUUAAAGGCACCGUUUAGUUAAGUGAUUGGAGAUGGCAUGUGCUGCUCUUGAAUUCUGUUCUGAUGGUUGGAGUUACAAGGAUUUGUACUGAAGAGGAUCAAUGUGAGCACCAAUGUAACAUGGUAGCAGUCACCAGCUUCUGUUACUAUAAACACUGUAGAAAAAUUUGGGGGGGAUCUAAAAUCUGGUCCAAAUAGGAAGUUUAAAGGAGCCCUGUAUUAGCAUAUAUGUACUACUGUCUCUAAACAUUCCCUGGACAAACACACAGCUCAGCAGAAACUCCUUGGCAUUAGGUAGUCUACCAUGCUUGAGGAUUUUUAUGUUAUCAAACUUGCCUGCAGAUGGUAGUGUAUUUUCUUAGCUGGAGUCCUGUACCUGUCUCUCACCCCAUCCAGGUGAAGCUGUUUUUGAGAACGUAUAAGCAAACCAUUAAGAAGCAGCAGCACUCCUCAGUUCUUUUAUUCUCCCAGAAUGUGAAUGCCCAGUAGCAAGGAAGAACAAUGUUUGUUGUUUCACCUCCCUCUUUAUCCUGAAUCACUCUUCUCUAGUCAGAUGGAAGUAAUGGAUCUCUGACUUUGAAAGUGGUCUUCCUUGUCUGUAGAACAGUCACCUCAGACACUGUACCAACUGCAUUGCUGAGGAAGAGACCACUGUCCAGUGUACUGCUAUUGUUCUGCAGGCUGCAGGAGGAGAACUAACUUGAACAACCCUUGUCCUGUUGGGCCUAUCAGAACUCCUCUGCAGGCAGUAACAGUCAAGAGGGAAGAGACAAACAGCACAAGCAGACCUUGCACACAGGCUCUUUGAUAUCAGCUGCCUUGCCAAGGCUAGGAUACAGUGUCUGCCUCUUAGCCUCCAAGGUUUCCCAAACCAGGUUCAUUAUUUGCAACUAGUUUUGAGCACAGCUGAGCCUGGGUUUGUUCUAUGCACACUCUCCCCUCACAUUCAGCAGGUCUUGUCUUCCCUCCAUAACUUGUUAAGGAAAACACUCCAAGGAACCUGGCUGGCUUUGCUUGUUUGACUGGUUCCUUACACAAUAUGCUCCUGCAAACUGCUGUGCUAUGGACUGUAACCUGGAGUGCAACUGUUAUUUAUGUGAUGUGGCCUAUUACCUGAUCCUGUUAAAAUCCAUGCUGAGCUGCGCUUGGCAGGGGAAAGAAAGCUCUGAAGAAACUCACGUGCUUUCUUAUUCAGGUAAAAGAGGCAGGGUGCCUAAUUAAGUUGUUUAUAGUAAGAAGACUUAUUUUUAUACUUCCACUUUCAGCUUCCUGUAUUCGUACUGGUUUAAUAUGUUAAGUCUUUCUUAUGCUUUCAUUCAGAAGUUGGUUAAUUUCCUUAAGGUUCAUGGGGUUUCAGGUAUGUCAGGAAAGCUGAAAAUAGCUGAGAACUUGCACCCAUAUAAAUUUAGAUCAAGCCCCAACCUUUUCCAUUUCAUCCGAAAGCUGUCUUGGGUCUACCCUGCGUAUUUAAGCAAUAGAGGUCUUGGACAAGAGUUUGGGUAGCAGCCAGGGGAAGCACUAAGCUUUCAUGACUCUUCGAACAAACUCAACAAACUGAAAUCAUUGGAAGUAGACAGAUGUAAUCUUGGCUGCAUUACUAAGAGUGGGCCUAAUCCAAGGAAUGUAAAUGUCUUCCAAGAAACUGGCUCAGAGCUGUACACUAAUAUGCAUGCAUGUCCUUUCACUGAUUAAUACAAGCUGCAUAUGUUCUGCCAGUGGUAUGUACUGAAAGGACUUGUUGGAGGUUCAAAAGAGGACUAAAGUGAAAGUUUCCUAUUGCUAGUCCAAACCACAAGAAAUUGGUUUACACUGCUGAAGUUCUCUGAGAGGUCUGGUACCCUUGAGGUCAGAAAGAGACUGUGACUGUCUGGAACUCAAGUGAACAAGCUUUUCAAUCCUUUUUAAACCUUGAGAUAACCUUGAAGCUGAUUACAGGUCUACACUGCUGUUUAGUUUGCACUUUGCAAUGUAACUAGUUCUGCAGAAUGCCUCCAUGUCUUCUUGUCCCUCUGUGAUUAUUAGCUUGUAAGGGGGGGGAGAGAAUAAAACAACUGAACAAUAUAGUGAUUUCUUUUGAAUUCCAUAAUAAUUGUGAAAGAAUAGAUCAAAGUGAAUCAGUCAUUUUAAGCUCAAAGUUUUAUUGUGUGGGUUUAUGGGGUUUUGUUGGGUUUUGGUUUUUUGUUUCUUCAGCAGCUGUUGAUCACAGCAGGGGAACAUGUCUCUUGCUCUCUCAUGAGAUAACUGCAUCUAUGCCUCCAGUUUCUUCCAGUGAAGUAUGUAAGAUAAAGACUCUGUUGAUUGCAAAACAUUCCUGGCUUCAAUUCAAAGCAAGAAUUGAUCUUUUUAAAAAUUCAAAUUAAAGUAAGUCUCCAUUAAAGAAAUAACCUUAUCCCUUCCCAAGGGUAAAAAAGAUAAAUUGAAGCUGAAGAUUCUAGUUCCAUCUUGGUAACAACAAUAGGCUGCUUUUCUACAGAAAUUAUGAGCUACUUUUCUAUCCUGCUAGCACAGGCAUUUAGAAGCUUGAAAGCAAGUGUACAAAACUUUGCCAGAGCAUAUAAUCAAGAGAGCAGUCUUAUUGUAGGUGCUUGUAGCCUUUCUGAUCUCACUGCAGAAAUAGAAGUGGAAAUGUCUUGAUGGACAAAGCAGCAGCAUGGGGAUGGCCACUUGAAUUCACUGGUUGUUAAAGCUCAUAGACUUGUUUCCUGAAGACAUGUCCAUAACCUCCUGUUGCUCAGGAACAGGGUGGAGGCUUGGACAUAUCUAGAAUAAUGUCUGGCUAGAUACGUAGUCAUUACUCAGUAGCCUUUCUAUGCCCAGUCCAAGACUUUAUGUAUCUGCAGGUUGUGUAGAUGCUGGUGUGAGCUGAAGGAGUGGGGCCACAGUGGUUUUGAGGCUUGGAAGGACUGCUGUGCCAGCUUCUGCAGAUGAUACCAUAGUGAUAUGAAGAGGCAGUGCUGCAAGAUCAUUUUCAAAGCAGAUUAAAUGAUAGUCCUAAACAGGUCUUUGUUUCUGAAUGGUGCUAUUCAUGAUGCUGUGAUUCCAGUAAAUACCUGCAUAGCACCCAAGCACAUGUUUUCCUACCUGGGGCCCAAGACUUGACCUCCCUAAAGCUAUGGUAGGUCUACAGCCACUACAGUGCCACUGUUUCUUGCAGUGUACACUGUCAGUUAAAGAUGACUAAUACUGCUGUAUAGCACUUACAGAAUUACAGAGCUCAUGAGUCUGCGUUCACUGUGUCUAGGUACUUUUGGAUUCUCAGUUAUGGGCAGCUGGACAGAGCCAGGCUUCCAGAGAGUGGGAUAGAAAUGCUCAGCCUUCUGAUAAAUCCAACCACAUUCAAGAGGUGAACCAGCUCCCCUCCCCUAUUCUUAGUUAAAUAUGAAAACAUGGCUACUGGCUUCUUUUGCUUGAACAUGGGGAGCUAGGGAGCCAGCUUCUUCUAGUGAGUGGAUAAAGGCUUAGGAACUAGAGAGGCGGCGGUGUGAAGUAUUUAUGUACAGAGCAACUGCACUGACUUUUGGCAAAGACUCAUCUUUUCUAAUGCUGAAGCACAUUCUGAGCUGCAUCUAGAUGGAACUGCCCUACACGUCACACAACACUGUCAGUGGAGAUUCAAUAGGUGAUGGAACCACCUGAGCAAGUUGAGUAUAGGAGAAGAUUCACAUCCAUCUUCCUCAGAUGUGUUUGUGGCUUUUCCUCAUGAUAUGAUUAAGAUCUAUGUAGGUCAUGGAUAAUAGCAUGCAGCAAAUGUUGCCCCUGCCCUGAUCCUUCAUGUUCUUGUGCACUCUCUAUCUUAACUGCUGCUUUUACUACAUGCCCUCAUUCCCAUUAUUAAUUUAUGGCAAAAUACCCUUAGCAAUAAAAUUCUUAAAUUUAA